UCGAAUUUACCCAUCCCUACUUGAUUCGGGCUAACAACCAUCAUUAGUAGGCUGGCAAAUUUUCUCUAGUUUUUUUCUUGUAUAUUUGGAGGCAAUAUGGUUGUUCGCCCAUAUAAUGAGGAGUUAAAAUAUCUUGAAAAGAUCAGCGACUGCUGUUGGCGGAUAAAAAAAGAAUUUCAACCGAAUAUGAAAGUGGAGGGCUGUUUCUAUGUAAAUAGUCGGCUAGAACGGCUAAUGUUGGAGGAGCUUAAAAACUCUUGUAGACCAGGUGCUGUUGGUGGUUUUUUACCGGGUGUGAAACAAAUAGCAAACGUCGCCGCAUUGCCAGGAAUUGUGGGACGUUCUAUAGGACUACCUGAUAUUCAUUCUGGUUAUGGAUUUGCUAUAGGAAAUAUGGCUGCUUUCGACAUGAAUGACCCUACAUCGAUUGUAAGCCCGGGAGGAGUUGGAUUUGAUAUUAACUGCGGUGUUCGCUUACUACGGACAAAUCUUUUCGAAAAAGAUGUUCAACCAGUUAAAGAACAAUUGGCGCAAUCCCUUUUCGAUCACAUUCCAGUUGGUGUUGGUUCUAAAGGCAUAAUUCCUAUGAAUGCUCAUGAUAUGGAGGAAGCUCUUGAAAUGGGUAUGGAUUGGUCUCUUCGUGAAGGUUAUGUCUGGGCAGAAGACAAAGAGCAUUGUGAAGAAUAUGGCCGCAUGUUAAACGCUGAUCCUUCCAAAGUAAGUUUACGCGCAAAAAAACGUGGCUUGCCGCAGUUGGGAACUUUAGGUGCAGGAAACCAUUACGCAGAGAUCCAGAUUGUUGAUGAAAUUUACGAUAAAUGGAGUGCUAGUAAAAUGGGUAUUGAGGAAAAAGGACAGGUAUGCGUUAUGAUACACUCGGGCAGUCGAGGAUUUGGUCAUCAAGUAGCCACGGACGCUUUAGUGCAGAUGGAAAAGGCCAUGAAACGUGAUAAGAUAGAAACAAACGAUCGACAGUUAGCUUGUGCUCGGAUAAACUCACAAGAAGGUCAAGAUUAUUUAAAAUCCAUGGCCGCCGCUGCCAAUUUCGCUUGGGUUAAUCGUAGUUCAAUGACUUUCCUCACGCGUCAAUCUUUCGCCAAAAUGUUUGGCACCACACCGGACGACCUUGAUAUGCACGUGAUAUACGAUGUUUCUCAUAAUAUUGCUAAAGUAGAAAAUCACAUUGUCAAUGGUAAAGAAAAGCAAUUGCUCGUACAUAGAAAGGGAUCAACGCGCGCGUUUCCGCCUCAUCAUCCCUUAAUUCCAGUGGACUUUCAACUCACCGGCCAACCAGUACUGGUGGGCGGAACAAUGGGCACAUGCAGCUAUGUGCUAACUGGAACUGAGAAAGGAAUGCAUGAAACGUUUGGAUCUACUUGCCACGGGGCGGGUCGCGCAUUGUCACGUGCUAAAUCACGACGGAAUUUAGACUAUAAAGAUGUUCUUGAGAAGUUAGAAGAAAUGGGAAUUGCUAUACGUGUAGCAUCUCCGAAACUUGUAAUGGAAGAGGCUCCAGAAUCUUAUAAAGAUGUAACCGAUGUCGUUGAUACAUGCCACACAGCCGGUAUUAGCAAAAAAUGUAUAAAGUUACGCCCGAUUGCAGUGAUAAAAGGUUAAAAGUCAAUAUGAAGUAUUAGUUGACUCCUACAUAUUUCAUACAAUGUCUUUAUAAAAUUGUACAUGUUAUCGGUGUUUUGUAGCCACUGCUCAAUGAAAAAAAAAUAUUUUAAUUAAAACCAGAUCAUUUAAAUAUCGACAUAAUGGCCCGUAGUUAUAGUCAAAAUUAAGUCGACACUAAAGUUCGUUGCAGCUUUUUUGACAGGUAUCCCAUUGAAAAUUAUGUCGAAAAGAUGUAAUUAACUUUAGAGGCGACUUAAUGUUGACUAUAACUACGGGCCAAUGUGUUUGGGUAUUUCUUUCAUAAGUAACCGA